AUGAGCGCCUACACGUCGUUGGUAUCGGGUUACAGGGGUCUUCUGCGGACCCUGGUCCGUUGCGGGAGACGCAGCCGGCUGGAACAGGCGCAGCAGGAUGCCAAGAAACAAAUAGCGGUGCACACCUACCGCCGGAUGCAGCUUGUGCGCGAACAGCAACAGGUUGCGGACCCGGCGGAGCGUGCGCGGAUAAAUGCGCAGCUGGCAGCGUUGGCGAAGAAUGUGCAGGCGCUCAAGGCAGCGGAGACAGGCCGUUCGCAUGAGCUACUGUUCUACCCGCGGGCCGCCGAGCUGCGCGCACUGCUGCUGGCGCCAGCAGAGGGUCCGGCGCUCGAGCGGCGCGCUGAGCAUCUCGCAGAGGUGUCUGGGUUUGUUGUGAACCAGCACCAGUACGCUGAACUUGUCGAGCGCUACAACCCCGGCCUGAGGAUGUCGCAGGAGGAGAAGGUCAAGCGCACGGCAGCCAAAGUUGGGCUACGGGUUCCGGACGCCGAGUAG